GUUGUAUUAGGCAUGCUAGGAUUUUUUCCAUUGGCCCCCCACUUAAAGCUAGUACAUGACUCUCUCUGUUAAAAAAAAUGCCAUAAAUCUUUAAUUUUUGUGUGGAGUAUUUACGAAAAUAAUACUCCACGAGAUGGUGAUAAGGUCAACACUUCAAAACCAAUGGCUAUGGCUGUUUUUCUCUCUCUUCUUUAUGCUUCUGUAGGAAUUGUGUCUGCAUUGUCUCAUCCAGACAAGGUCAUUAAAUUGCCUGGACAACCUCAAGUGGGGUUCCAACAAUUUUCUGGAUAUGUUACUGUUGAUGAUAAGAAGCAAAGAUCUCUUUUUUACUACUUUGUUGAAGCUGAAACAGAUCCAGCUUCAAAGCCUUUAGUAUUAUGGUUAAAUGGAGGGCCUGGUUGUUCUUCACUUGGGGUUGGUGCAUUUUCUGAAAAUGGACCAUUUAGACCAAGAGGACAAGUUCUUGUUAAGAAUGAACACAGCUGGAACCAAGAGGCAAACAUGUUGUAUUUGGAAAGCCCAAUUGGAGUUGGGUUCUCUUACUCUGCUAAUACUUCUUCAUAUGAGGCAGUAAAUGAUGAAAUAACAGCCAGGGACAAUGUUGUAUUCUUACUACGCUGGUUCCAUAAAUUUCCACAGUACAGCAAAAGCAAUUUGUUUUUAACUGGUGAAAGUUAUGCAGGACAUUAUGUACCUCAACUAGCUAAGCUCAUGGUGGCCUAUAACAAGAAGCAGCAGCUGUUCAAUCUAAAAGGAGUUGCACUAGGUAAUCCGGUUCUGGAAUUCGCGACUGACUUUAACUCGAGGGCAGAGUACUUCUGGUCUCAUGGUCUAAUAUCAGAUCCUACAUACAGAAUGUUUAGUUCUACUUGUAAUUAUUCUCGAUAUGUUAGCGAGUACUACAGGGACUCUUUAUCGCCAAUCUGUUCGAGAGUCAUGAGCUUAGUAAGUAGAGAAACCAGUAAGUUUGUGGACAAGUAUGAUGUAACCCUUGAUGUUUGUAUUUCCUCUGUGCUCUCCCAAUCCAAAAUUAUAAGUCCUCAUGAAAAUACCGAGAAGUUAGACGUAUGUGUGGAAGAUGAAGUCGUCAAUUACUUGAACCGAAAAGAUGUAAGAAGGGCCCUUCAUGCUGAGCUUGUUGGAGUACGCAGAUGGGCUGUUUGCAGCAGCAUUCUGGACUAUCAAUAUCUUGACAUAGAGAUACCAACCAUCUCCAUAAUAGGAAUGCUUGUCAAAGAAAGAAUUCCAGUCUUGAUAUACAGUGGGGAUCAAGAUUCUGUCGUUCCACUGAUUGGAAGCCGUGCAACUGUUCAUCAACUAGCAAGGCAGAUGCGGCUGAACACAACUGUCCCCUAUAGAGUUUGGUUUGCAGGACAACAGGUUGGUGGAUGGACACAUGUUUAUGAUAAUAUGCUCACCUUUGCCACCAUUAGAGGUGCUUCUCAUGAGGCACCUUUCUCACAGCCAGAGAGAUCACUUGUGUUGUUCAAGUCAUUUCUUCAAGGCAAGCCACUCCCUGAAGUUUUCUGAUCAGAUGCCAAAUUGUAAAUAGCUUUGUCACCAUUAAAUGUCAAAGGAUCUUUCUUGUUUUUUUCUAUUUUUUUAUUUGGCUUUUGCUCUUCAUUUUUUGUUUGCUCCAAAGAUGAAAAGAAAGAAGAUUACAAGUAUCAAGUGUUAAUCCUCAGACAGUGAAAAAGAAGAAUGGAAAGUGAUUACUGGAAACCAUGCAAGAAAAAUGAAAUUAUGAGUUUCAAUGUGAGUUCAUGCAUGGAAGAUCUAGGAACCUCUAAAAAGAUUUUUUUUUUUUUUUUUUUCAUAUUCUACAUAGGAUGUGUAGAGUGUUGUUGUAACUUUUAUUGGAAGCAAAAGAUUCCAUGACUAAACAUUUGAUCUUAAUGGAGUAGUUUCUAUUGAUUCGUAGGGCCUAA